AGACAGAGAGAAGCCCACCUCACUUAGGCGACAGGAAAAACAUGAAGUAUCACACCACUGUCUAAGUGUAGAUUUAAAAUUAUACCGCAUCCAGCUCGUAUUUAAUCAUCCAGUCUAGUUGAAAGUUUUAUUCAAAAACCAGCCCAAUGAAGAUGAGGACAAGUCGUCAAGAGGAAACUCCAGAUGACUUCUGGAUCCCCAUCCCCCUGGAAACCGACAACAUCACAGCCCUCAGCCCGUACUUAGUCCCCCAGGACCAUUUAGGGAGCCUGGGGCUUUUUUAUUCAAUGUCAGCGUUAAUGUUCUUCUUGUUUGUGGCUGGCACGGCCAUCAAUGUCCUCACAAUCGCAUGUACUAUUCAAUACAAGAAGCUCCGCUCCCAUCUGAACUACAUCCUGGUCAACAUGGCUGUGGCGAACCUCAUCGUCUCGUCCGUGGGCUCUUUUACCUGCUUCUACUGUUUUGCCUUCCGAUACAUGGCUCUUGGUCCUCUCGGAUGCAAGAUCGAAGGAUUUACGGCGUCUCUUGGUGGCAUGGUGAGCCUUUGGUCUCUUGCGGUGAUUGCAUUUGAAAGAUGGCUGGUUAUCUGCAAGCCACUCGGGAACUUUGCCUUCAAGUCAGAGCAUGCUUUGUUCUUCUGUGCACUUACCUGGUUCUUUGCUUUGUGCGCUGCAGUUCCUCCACUAGUGGGAUGGAGUAGAUAUAUCCCUGAGGGAAUGCAGUGUUCAUGCGGACCAGACUGGUACACAACGGGCAACAAGUACAACACCGAAUCCUUUGUGCUGUUCCUCUUCUGCUUCUGCUUUUCCGUCCCUUUCACUUGCAUUGUCUUCUGCUACUCGCAGCUGCUAUUCACACUGAAAUCAGCAGCAAAGGCCCAGGCAGAGUCUGCCUCCACCCAGAAGGCAGAGAAAGAGGUGACCAGGAUGGUGGUCGUCAUGGUGCUGGGCUUCCUGGUGUGCUACGUGCCAUACGCCUCCUUUGCGCUUUGGGUCGUGAAUCAUCGUGGACAGACGUUUGACCUAAGACUUGCUACCAUACCGUCCUGUGUCUCAAAAGCCUCCACGGUCUACAAUCCUGUCAUCUAUGUUCUCCUCAAUAAGCAGUUCCGCUCUUGCAUGAGGAAGAUGCUGGGGAUGAGUGGAGGUGACGAGGAGGAGUCAUCUGCAAGUCAGUCGGUCACCGAAGUCUCAAAAGUUGGACCCUCUUAAGAUCUUGGCCUGUCUUGAUUUGGAUGACAUGGAAAUGACCAACUUUGAUGUGUUUUUACUGUUGUUACAUCUUAGGGUUUUCAAAGAAAAAUAUAUUAAAAAAAAAAAAAAAAAAGAGAAACAAGAUUCAUCUGAUGAAGCUGAUAUUUUUCGGUGCAUUUUACCAUGGACAUAAAGCAAAAACACAUUCUAGAAUUGUAUUCUGAUGUGAAAACAUGGGUAUUGCUUUUCUUCCC